UAAUAACUCUGAAACAAGCUCGAGAUGAUUUGAUCUCACGCGGCCAUGGCACCUACACUCCAGCAAGGGCAUUUCCGGGCUUCCAUCUUUAUUCAAACUGCUUAAGAUAUCCCGCCAUUGGCAUUGCACACCCAUCUCUUUCUCCCUCUCUCUCCCAUGCUGAAAUUCAUGGACUUCUCACCUCUGAGCUGCUUUCUUCUCCUCACAGUCUUGUUUCUUGACGGCACCACGCCCCUCCAAUUCCCUCAAGAAGUCACCGCUCAGCUCUCCAAUCACACUCAUUCUUCCUCUCCAGCACAAGCGCCGGCGCCCAUUUCUUCGCCGCGCGUUCCCGCCUUGUUUAUAAUCGGCGAUUCUUCCGUCGACAGCGGCACCAACAAUUUCCUCGGCACCUUCGCCCGCGCCGAUCGCCCCCCCUACGGCAGAGAUUUCGACACCCAUCAGCCCACCGGCCGCUUCUGCAAUGGAAGAAUCCCUGUUGAUUAUAUUGCGCUUCAGCUUGGGCUGCCGUUUGUGCCGAGUUUCCUAGCGCAGACUGGCUCGGUCGAUGACAUGAUUCGAGGAGUCAACUAUGCUUCUGCUGGUGCUGGGAUAAUCCUGUCGAGUGGCUCUGAAUUGGGGCAACAUAUUUCUCUCACUCAGCAGAUCCAGCAGGUGAUGGACACAUUUCAGCAGUUCAUUAUCACCAUGGGAGAGGUUGCAGCAAAAAAUCUUAUUUCCAACUCCAUAUUCUACAUUUCGAUUGGCAGCAAUGACUACAUACACUACUAUCUCCUAAAUGAAUCCAAAGUGCAAUCCUUGUACCUGCCUUGGAGAUUCAACCAGUUCCUAGCCCGGGCGAUGAAGCUCGAGAUUCAGAAUCUGUACACUGCAAAUGUGAGAAACGUGGUUGUAAUGGGACUAGCUCCUUUGGGAUGUGCCCCUUAUUACUUAUGGCUGUAUGAGAGCGAGAAUGGAGAGUGUGUAGAGAUGAUAAAUGACAUGAUAGUGGAGUUCAACUAUGCUAUGAGAUACAUGGUCGAAGAACUCAACCACAAGCUUGAAGGGGCCAACAUUGUCUUCUGCGAUGCAUUUGAAGGCUCAAUGGACAUAAUGAAGAACUCUGAUCGUUACGGGUUUAAUGUCACGAGUGAUGCAUGCUGCGGCCUAGGCCAGUAUAAAGGUUGGAUACUUUGCAUAUCUUCUGACAUGGCUUGCUCGAACGCCUCUGGUCAUAUAUGGUGGGAUCAGUUUCAUCCAACGGGAGCUGUCAACGAGAUCCUUGCUGAUAAUAUCUGGUCUGGCCUCCAUGUCAACAUGUGCUACCCCAUGAAUUUGCAGGAGAUGGUAGCUCAAAAUGCCAACGAUUGAUCCCUCAAAACAGGCAUGGUAGAUACUU